AUUUUGCUUUUGGAAAGUUGUGCUAAGGAUUAAUAUGUUUUUACCAUUGCACAUGCUCUUAGGUUUGUAAAAAAGCCCUAAACUCUCCUCUUCCCCCACUUACGCCGGUCGCGAAGCUAAAAACUGUUUUUCCUUAACAGAGGAAUCGUGCGCCAUGGCGGGAGGUAACAACGGUACGAGACGACUAAGGCCGAACCUACUGAUAACGGGGACUCCUGGUACCGGUAAAUCGACGACGGCUUCUUCUCUUGCGGAGGCCACGAACUUCCGUUACAUCUGCGUCGGAGAUCUUGUCAAAGAGAAGAGCUUGCACGAUGGUUGGGACGAUCAGUUCGAGUGCCACGUCAUCAACGAAGACCUGGUGUGUGAUGAGCUUGAAGAUAUAAUGGAAGGAGGAGGUGUCAUUGUAGAUUACCAUGGCUGUGACUUCUUUCCCGAGCGUUGGUUUGAUCGUGUUGUCGUUCUUCAAACUGAGAACUCUGUCUUGUAUGACCGUUUAACCAAGAGGGGUUAUUCGGGAACCAAGCUUAGUAACAACAUUGAAUGUGAGAUCUUCCAAGUCCUGCUAGAAGAAGCAAGAGAUAGUUACAAAGAGGAGAUUGUCAUCCCGCUACAAAGUAACACAAUCGAAGAUAUCUCUAACAAUGUCGCAAGUUUGACGGAAUGGAUCACCACAUGGCAGGGCGCUGGCACUGGCAGCCCUGAUGAAUGAGGAUCAUCAUCAUACUGUAAUGUUGAUGACAAUGCAUCUAAGCUUCAGUGUUUAGUAGUUUCUGUUGAUGUGGUUCUGUGUUGGUCUUGUGUAUACUGAUAUUAUUGAAAGACAAUGCAGAUGUUUCUAUCAGCUUAUGAAUGUUCUCUUUUGAUACUAAGUUAAAGAAAAAUUGUUUUUCAUCUUUUUUAUUGUAUGUUAAGAUAAAAAGUUACAAAUGUGCUAUGAUUGAGAAAUUUA